GUACAGGUCAACGUUUUUUUCUUCUUCUUUAGGAAUAGAUAGGAAAAUGGAGCAGGUUAUAUUGUCACUCAAAGAAAAAGCUUGAGCUUUUGAAAAAACAUACGAGAGCAGUUAUGACACUUUCAGGAUUACCAAUAUGUCAGUCAUAGAUCUACUGGAGAUCAUGGGCCUUAACGUUCCAGGUUUGAUAGCCACUGUAGGUUUCUAUGUUGCUGUCCUGGGCACAGGAAUAUGGGCUGCCAAGAGAUCAAAAGCAAAAAAGUCCACUGGGACAGUCACAGAAGUGGCUCUGUUAGGGGGACGCUCCAUAAAUCUGGCUGUGGGGAUUUUCACUAUGACGGCUACCUGGGUUGGAGGUGGAUUCAUUCUCGGGGUGGCGGAAGCUGUCUACAGCCCAAAUAAGGGUCUAAUCUGGGCACUGAUGCCACUCUAUUACUCAGUAUCAUUUAUUGUAGGUGGUUUAGUCUUUGCUAAACCAAUGAGGGAGAAGAAGUAUGUUACCAUGAUGGAUCCAUUUCAGAUCAAAUAUGGCAAAGCUAUGACUGGUCUUCUGGUCAUCCCUGCCAUCAUUGGAGAUGUGUUGUGGGUGUCAUGUACACUCGUGGCUCUGGGAGGGACUAUCAGCACAAUCCUUGAUCUGCCAUAUGUCUACUCUGUGGUCUUGUCAGCGGUUGUGGCGAUCAUCUACACCCUCCUUGGGGGGCUGUACUCUGUGGCCUACACCGAUGUCAUUCAGUUGAUCCUAAUCUUUAUCGCUUUGUGGGUCUGUGUGCCAUUCAUCCUUUUGAAUCCCAUCCCUCUUGACAUCUCCAUCACAGCCUUCAAUCAAACAUACCAGCCGCCUUGGAUUGGUCGUCUGGAGACACGGGACAUCUGGAAAUGGCUGGAUGAUUUUUUUGUGCUGGGCAUCGGAGCCCUAGGCUUCCAGACUUUUCACCAGAGGACCCUGUCCUCUGCUUCAGCAGCCAAAGCACAGAUCACAUGUUUUGCUGCGGCGGUGUUGGUCCUCAUCCUGGGCAUUCCAUCUGUACUGAUAGGAGCAGUGGCUGCAUCUACAGACUGGAAUCAGACUGAUUAUGGCACCCCUUCUCCAUACGAGCGCGGAGAGGCAUAUGGAAUCCUUGCCUAUCUGUUUCGGCAGUACCUUUUCUUCCUCCUUAUGCUCCAUAUUAGGGGAUCGGAGCAGGGAAGCAGCAGUUAUGUCCUCCACAGAUUCAGCACUCCUCUCACAGCAUCAGACAGAGAGAUCCAGUGGGUGAUCCGAAUCACUGUGGUUGUGACUGGUGUGGCAGGCACAGCUCUGACAUUCCUUGAUAACAGUAUUUUGGCAUUUUGGGUCCUUGGAGCUGAUGUGGCGUACUGUGUCAUCCUCCCUCAGCUGAUUUGUGUCCUCUUCUGUCCUGUCUCCAAUGUUUACGGGGCAGGUGUGGGGUACUUCAUGGGCAUAUUGCUGAGGUUGUUGAGUGGGGAGCCUCUGAUAGGCCUUCCGCCAGUAAUCCAUUUUCCAGGUGGUGAAAUAACCGAUGGUGUGUACAUCCAGCAAGCACCUAUCCGAUCAAUAGCUAUGCUCUUCACACUCCUCUGCAUCCUUUUGUUCUCUUACCUCUUCACUCAACUAUUCCGCCGUGGCAUACUGCCCAAAAAGUGGGAUGUUCUUGGGGUCAGCGAGGUCAUGACGCCAGGGCUGGAUCAAACAGGAAGCAAUGCUGAAGGAGAGAGACUGAUGAUGACGUCACCAUCUGGCUCCAGCACUGUGAACAGGAGAAACUUGGAGGUGGAAGACAAGCGGCGGGUAUCUGAACAGCGUUACAAGCUGGAGUACAACGUUGAAUGGCCGACCAUCACACGUUCCAAGCUGGACGACUUCCACGCCUACUGUAUGUUGUGCAAGGCAGAUUUCAGCGUGCGGCAUGGCGGUCGUCACGAUGUCAAAAAGCACAAGAGGACUGGCAAACAGCAGUCGUACAAGGCGGCGAUGGAGUCUACAAGGCCCAUCGCGGGUUUCCUAACGCUUGACAAGGACACCAGCGUCAUAAAUGCUGAAGUGCUGGCUGUUGACUUUCUGGUAGAACAUAACAUCCCGAUCGCCGUGGCCGACCACAUUGGGCCACUGGUAAAAAAGAUGUUUCCAGACAGAAAGUAUGUGUCUGGUCGCACAAAGAGCAGCGCCAUUGUAGGAGCCCUUGCCAAGGAAGAUGCUUCUGACACGGCAGGGUACAUCAACAAGAAGAACAGUGCAGUAUAUGUGCUGGGAUGCCCGUGCCAUCUGAUUCAUCUAGCUGCAGAAAAAGCUGCUGCUCAGCUGCCAGUGUCCGAGUCCAAGUCUGGGCACAGCAGCAAGAACAAGUCCAUGCAGAGCAGCAGCAAAGACAAGUCAACCCACAGCAGCAGCAAGGACAAGGCAACUCACAGCAGCAGUAAGGACAUGUCAACCCACAGCAAGGAGAAGUCAACUCACAGUGGCAGCAAGGACGCAUCAACCCACAGUAGCAGCAGCAAGGACAAUUCUGGGUUUGAUUUGGUACCAUUCAGAGAACCAAGCAACCAGAAGAGCGAUGAUACCUUGUUCAUUAGACAUAACACAAGAACCUUCAUAGCAGAUCACACUGAGCUUGAGGAGCUGCAGCUGGCCAAGGUCUACAGCGCUGUGCAGGCUUUCUACAUGAAGGCUGUGGAGUACAUGGUCAAGAAGUUUCCCUAUGAUGACCCAGUUAUCCUGAAUGCUUCUGUGGCUGACAUGUCUACACGGGACAGCGCAGACUUCAAUUCUAUAAGGUACUUCACAGGCAGAUUUCCCUGCUUGAGGAUGAAUGCUGAGGAGAUGGACAAGCUUAAGGGUCAAUUCAUGACCUACCAAACUGAUGUUCUGCCAGAGAGCAUCACCAGCUGUGACAGACCAGACACACAGUGGCACCUGAUGAACCAGCUGAAGGAUGGGAAUGGUCGUCUCAAGUAUCCUUUGCUGUGCAGGGUGAUGCUGGCUAUCCUCUGCACCUUCCAUUCCAACGCAGACUGCGAACCCCUCUUCAGUCUCGUCAAAUAA